CGUACGUUUGUCUGCCGUCCAGCGCAGAAAAGCUGCCGUGCGCGUCCGUUAGCCUUCUCGUUGCCUGCGGUACGUCGUAGUCCUCCUGUAAUGGUCGAGUCUAGGAGACGACAUUGAGGAAAGUGAGCAAGUGAUUUGGUGCCAAUUCAAAUGUGCCCUUUGUCAGUUUUGAACGUGAACAAAUACACCCAUUUGAAGGGCCAGUCAUCAAUUGAUUUGUGAAAAUAAAAGUACAAAUGCGGCAAACGUUGCCGAAAGGAAAGACGUGUGAAACAUCAUCUUGCGUUAGUGAUAUGCCGCCAGGAGUGUGCACGGUCUGCCAGAUAAAAGCCAUCUCGUGAUAACGUGGAGUAGUAUCGUUAAAUUUAAAUCUAUUUGUUCUGCAUCACGCGGUAGUUCGGUGUGGGUUGAUAAGUAGUGACAAGUUACCGCUGUCGGUGGCUAGUUGGGAAGAGUGGUUGGCUGUCAAGCAGCAAAGUUGUUCAAAACGUGCGGAAGCCAGUACAGGAGCUGUGUCCAACACGCGUCGCAGCCUAGCGGUUGAUAACGAUUGAUCAGUGAUUUUGCCUGGCGGUGUGGACCUCACUGAAAUUUGGUUUUAAAGACAGAAGCGCAUGCAGAUGAUGCAUCCUCGUUUGUAAAGCAGUGGAUAACACGUCAAAGAGGAGUCAACUACCCCGUAAAGAUAACAGCAUCUGCCCGCUAACGGAACUAUGGCUGUUCGAAAUAGCACGUUGACAGCCGGUCGGUAUCGGCUGCCAGCCUUGGCCUUAGUAACUGCCACCAUCUUGCCUAUCCUGUCGCUGAUGGUUCCAACCGGUCACUCGCAAAGCGUCAUCACGGAUUGCGACACGAGCAAAUGCCAACCAUUGUCAAACAUCUCGGAGGUGUCUCUCGAACCGGGACAGCGGAUCCGUCGCGAACUAGAUCCGUGCUGUGAGAUCCUUCGAUUGUACUGCGACACUAGCGCCUGUCCACCGCUGAUCGAGUUUUGCGAUGCUGAGCGUACCAUUCGCCCUAAGAACAUUGCUGGCACGUGCUGUACACUGCAGCGUUGUGAUAACUUUUGUGAAGUGUACGCCAACGGAGAGGUGACUACGCGAUCGGUAGGCGAGAAGUGGUUUAACAUGGUGAACGAAACCACGUGCAUGAACUAUGAGUGUUUGCGGAACGAUGCAAACGAAACGUUCAUCAACUCUAUCGGGAUACAGUGUAACACCACCUGUCCUGAGGGUUUUGAAGCACAGCUCUCUGAACAACACUGCUGUCCUCAGUGCGUCCAGUCGCAGUGCAAGUUUAACGAUCAGUUCUACCGCGAGGGACAGUCGUGGGCAAGUCCUGACGGGUGUCUAGUCUACCGUUGCGUCAAGGAGAAUGGUUUCCUAUCGAUCAGCUCGAGCCGCAAGCAAUGUCCAGCGGUGGUAAAUUGCCCCGACCAGCACAUCGUUGAGCGUGAUUGCUGCCGGGUGUGCAAUUACACCGAGGCGCAGAUGGCACCGGGUUUGACGACCGCUUCCCCGAUUGAGCCGGAAGAAGGAGUCGAUUUUUACGAAGAGCUAAGCUACGACAACCAUCCCUGCAAGCGGGCAUGCACGCUGGGCCGCAAGCCGGAAACUUGCUACUACCGUUUCCGGCUCGAAUGGUAUCGUACGCUGAGUAAGGCGUGCUACAACUGCCCGUACAAUGCGACCGACUGCGAACGACCGCACUGCAUCACCGGGGACGGUGUGCGCAGGAACGUAGCCGUCAUUAACCGCAUGAUGCCGGGUCCGGCGAUCGAGGUGUGCGAGAACGACAUCAUCGUGGUGGACGUGGAAAACCAUCUGAUGGGCGAAAGCACCACCAUCCACUGGCACGGUUUGCAUCAACGGCGCACUCCGUACAUGGACGGUGUGCCGCACGUGUCGCAGUGUCCGAUCAGUCCGGGAACGACCUUCCGGUACACGUUCCGGGCGGAUAAUCCGGGGACGCACUUUUGGCACUCGCACACGGGCAUGCAACGCGGUGACGGUGCGUUCGGCGCACUGAUCAUUCGCAAGGACAAUGACAUACAGGAGCUGCUGUACGAUCACGAUCUGUCAGAGCACGUGAUUACGGUGCAGGAUUGGGGCCACGAGCAGGGCGUCUCGCUCUUUGCCUCGCACCAUCACUCGACAGGUGAUAAUAAACCGCCGAAUUUGCUGAUUAACGGACGCGGCAAAUACUUCCAGCGGUUUGCAAAGACAACUCCACUUACUACGACGACCACCAGUACGGAGGAGCCGGCGCUGGAGCCGGAAACGAUUAUGGCAAUCGAACCGGAAAGUACCACGCUGAUGGAGGAGCUCCCAACGACUACGGUUCCAAUUACGGACGCUACCACGCCGGACGAUGCAGAGUUGCUGCAGGCAAGUAGCAACACUAACCUGAAAACAGUGCUUCGCGCGGAGGAGGUGCGCCACCGUACCAAGCGCCAGUCGCGUACCGUCAACUUUAAUGCCAUCGUCGUACCGGAAUCGAAACACAUCCCGCUGAAAGUGUUCCACGUGGACAAGGGCCGACGGUACCGGUUCCGGCUGAUCAAUGCCGAGUUUCUCAACUGCCCGGUGGAGCUGUCGAUCGAGAACCACAACCUCACGGUGAUCGCAUCGGACGGGUUCGGCAUUCAGCCGCUGGAGGAUUUGGGCUCGUUCGUGAGCUACGCCGGCGAGCGGUUCGACUUUAUCGUGAAGGCGAACCAACCGGUCGGCAACUAUCUGAUGCGGUUCCGCGGUCUGAUGGACUGUGACGAGCGGUUCACUUCGGCGUACCAGUUUGCCGUGUUGCGGUACCGGGGCGCACCGACCGACACCGAGUACGAAUCGUGGCCACCGUACGAUUAUGAAGCACCAGGCGUCCAGCUAAACUCGCUGAACCGUGGACCCGGAGCGGAGAACGUCAUCACCAUCGCCGAAACCAGUGCCCUCGAUCAGGAAGAUUUGCUGCUGCUGCGCAACGAGACGGACUACAAGUUCUACGUGUACUACGACUUCUACGGCAAGGACAAUCCUCACUUUCACGUACCGUCGCUGUACGGCUUCCAGCAGGUGGUGAACAACACGAACCGGCUGUACACGCCGCAGCUGAACCACAUCUCGAUGCGCAUGCCACCGGUACCGUUCCUGCCCGGCAAGGACGUGCUGGACGAGAGCCAGUUCUGUAAUGAAACGAGCGUGCGCGAUCGUAACUGUCGGCAGGAGUUCUGCGAGUGCAGCCACGUGCUGCAGAUACCGCUGCAUGCCACGGUCGAGAUGGUGAUGAUCGACGAGGGCUUCACGUUCGAUGCGAACCAUCCGUUCCAUCUGCACGGGCACGCGUUCCGUGUCGUCGGGAUGGAUCGGGUAAGCCGCAACACCACCAUCGAGGACAUACGCCGUAUGGACGAGGAGGGUCGGCUGCCCCGAAGGCUCAAGCGGGCGCCGAUCAAGGAUACGGUCACCAUUCCGGACGGGGGCUACACAAUCAUUCGCUUCAUCGCCAACAAUCCAGGCUACUGGUUGUUCCACUGCCACAUCGAGUUCCACGCCGAGAUUGGCAUGUCGCUGGUGCUGAAGGUUGGUGACAGCUCGGAGAUGUUACCUGCGCCGGCCAACUUUCCCACGUGUUACGAUUUCAAACCGAAACUCGGCCAGCUGGGCAGCGGAGGUGCAGGACAUGGCCACAGUUUGACUUCUUCACUGCUGCUAGUUGUGUUAUUGGUGGUGUCGUUGCAACGACUUCUUUAAGUGAAACGGGAACGUGAACAAACAAUUUGUGAUAUUAGACGCUUUCCGAACGGAGCCAAGUGUUUUGUUCGACCAUAGUAUUACCAGCCCAUUCGCGUGGUCUGCCUGCGCCGGCUGGGCUUAAGUUAUGACUCCUAUUUUCCUACCCCAUAAGCAGCAUACUGAAGCUCGCCUGAUUCUUCUACACCGCUAUCGGUACAAACCGUGCAAAGUGCUCUUAAACAAGUGAAACUGAAUAAAGUCUUAAGAAACACUCUA